AUUUUUCCACCUCUAAAAAGUAUAGCUAACAAGUUGGUUGACGGUUUAUUAAAUUAAGCAUUAAAUAAAAUCAAAAUUUUGAAUCGAACAUUAGUCAAAUCUUACACAAUGAAUACGAAUAUUGUACUCUUAGCUUGUUUUGUUGUCUUAGCCACACAUUCGGCACUGGCGCUAAAAGAGGACGAUUGCGAAGUUUGUGUGAAAACUGUAAGGCGUUUUGCCGACUCACUUGACGAUGACGAAAAGGACUACAAGCUAAUCGAAACAUCCUUCAAGAAGUUUUGCAAGACGCAGAAAAAUAAGGAGCACAGAUUUUGCUACUAUCUCGGAGGUCUUGAGGAGUCUGCGACGGGCAUAUUGAAUGAACUGAGCAAGCCCUUGAGUUGGUCAAUGCCCGCUGAAAAAGUGUGUGAAAAGCUGAAAAAAAAGGACGCGCAGAUUUGCGAUUUACGUUAUGAGAAACAAAUAGAUUUGAACAACGUUGAUCUCAAAAAGCUGAAGGUCCGUGACCUGAAAAAGAUUCUCAACGACUGGGACGAGAGCUGUGACGGUUGCCUGGAAAAAUCUGACUUUAUUAAGCGCAUCGAGGAGCUUAAGCCCAAAUACUCUCGCAAUGAACUGUAAAGAAUUAAUGCUUAAUUUAGCUAUUUACUAGACAUAUACAACACACACACACACCCUCUCAAGGAAAUAAACGCCCACAAACACACACAUAAAUAUAGUUAAUUUACAAUUUUGAUAGACUUUGAAAAAAAUAAAUAUCUAUUUUGAAAUAAAAAAUGUGAGAGAACAUAAAUAAUAAACUCGUAUGUUUUAUUAGA